AUGGCGGUACACGCCGUGCAAGUCUUCAAGCUGGGAAUCGAGGCCCAGUUUGAGCGCCUGACAGACACAGAGAAGCGAUAUUCGCAUCACAUGGCUCGCGCUGCAUGGCUUGGAACAAGAAUCAUUCUCCGACAAGUUUCUCCAGAAGCCUCCUCGAUUUUCGACUUCAUCAUUGAGCUCCAUCGCAGCUGCUCCGGUAACUGGAAUUUGCUCAUUGGGAAUGAACUCGACAGCGUUGAACUCCAAGCCUUGUUAACAUACAUGGCGACGUUUCUGUCCAACGUUGGGAAUUACUAUGGCUCCGGUGACCAAAAGUUUAUCCCCAAUGUGGAUAAGUCUCUUCUGCACAAGCUGGCAGCAAGAUCCACGGUAUUAGAGAAAUUGUAUCAGAACAUGUCCAGGGAUGUAGACGCCCUGCCGCCUUUUCACCUCGGUUUCCCAAGCGACACUGCUCAGAGCAGCUACUAUCCUGGGGAUACCGUUAGUGAAUCCGAUGCAAACACCGUGUCCAAGAUUCUAGAGCAGAAUGCCAUCUUUGCUGAAAACACAAGACUUCAAAAGACCAAAGAUGGAUUUGAUGUCCUUAUUGCAUCGGUUGAAAGUGGUGUCGCUGCUCAAUUUCCUCUGCCGAAUGGCCAGAAAGGGCAUGUGAGGCUUGUCAAGGGAGACCAUUCGUCUGACCUUCAACGCAUCUGCGCUGAGUUGAAAGAAGCAUCUACAUAUGCGGCCAACGAGUUACAGAGAAAUGUCAUUAGUGCGUAUAUCGAAAGCUUUGAAACAGGCAGUCUCGAUGCGUACCGCAAAUCGCAACGCCUUUGGGUCGGGGAUAAAGCACCGAGGGUGGAGAAUAUCUUUGGGUUUGUUGAGCCGUAUCGUGAUCCGCAGGGCAUUCGGGCAGAAUUUGAGGCCUUGGUUGCUAUUUCAGAUGAUAUGGAGACUUUGCUUCUUACCAAACUAGUUGACAAUUCGGCAAGAUUUAUUCGCCGGCUUCCUUGGGCAACGCCCGAAAAUGAUGGUAAAGGACCGUUUGAGAAGAGUCUAUUUGAGCCGCCAGACUUUUCGAGCAUUCAUGCUCUGGCGUACUGUUCGAGCAUCAUCUUCCCAGGAAUCAAUUUACCCAAUUAUAACGACAUUCGCCAAGAAGACGGGUUCAAGAAUGUCAUCAUCUCGAAUCGCAUGAUCGCUGAGAGCCAAGCAAUGCAGUAUCCCUUCAUAGAAGAGUCCGAGGCUGAACAAUUCAAGAAGCAUAGAUUUCAAGCCUACUACUGGUGGGUUGUGCUCCAUGAGCUGCUGGGCCAUGGCACAGGGCAGAUGAUGGUUGAGAGCGCCGAUGGUGUGUUCAAUUUUGAUGCAGAGAACCCGCCUAUUAAUCCUCUUGAUGGAAAACCCAUUUCAACCUGGUACAAGCCAGGCCAGACUUGGACCGGUCAGUUUGGCGAUUUAGCAACUACAGUUGAUGAAUGCAGGGCUGAACUCGUUGGUGCCUAUCUGAUGGAUGAUCCAGAGCUUCUCGCCCUGUUUGGCUUCACGGAUAGUUCUGACAUUUGCGCUGAGGAUUUAACGUACAACCUUUAUUUGCAGCUAGGCGUUGACGGGCUACGGGGAUUAUCGAAUUAUAAUGUGCAAAGCAAUAACUGGGGCCAAUCUCAUAGUCGGGCACACUUUGCCAUAUUGAAGUGCUUGCUUCAAGAUGGCGGUGGCGUCAUAACUGUCACCCACAACAAGCUCGAGCAAAGCUUGAAAGUGCGAGUGGACCGAUCCAAGAUUCGGACUCACGGGAAACCUGCGUUAGGCAACAUGCUUUUGCAUCUGCACAUGUUUCGAUGCACAGCCGAUGCCCAAGGCUGUCGAACAUACUACGAGAAGCUAUCGAGGGUUGAUGGCGAGUAUAUUGAGUGGAGGGAGACUGUGCUCGCGACUAAACCUCCUCCACUUAUUUUUACACAGGCAAAUACCUUUCUUGACGGUGACACUGUCACCUUGAAGGAGUACGAACCUACCGUAGAAGGCGUGAUUGCAAGCUGGGCAGAAAGGCAGGUUUGA